UUUCCCCAUGGAAAGGGAGCUCAGGGCUUGUCAGGGUAUGGGACUCACUGUCCCUGGGGGUGUCUGGGGAAGGACUGGACGUGGCACUCGGUGCUCUGGGCUGGGGAAGGGGCGUAGGUUGGACCUGGAUCUCAGAAGUCUUUUCCAUCCUCAGUGAUCUGGAAUUCUGUCCUGGCAUCCUCGUUUGUGUCCUGAGCUACUGAGGUCCGAGGGGACUUUGUGUCACCCUCAGGCCUCUUCCCUGAAAGCUGGGACUUGACAGGGCAAAACCAAGUCCCAGCUUUGACCCUGAAAUGUGCAGGCGAGGGAAUCUCAGGGCUCCUUGGGUUCCUUGCCUCCAGCAGAGAGAGUCCAUCUGGGUGCUGUGCUCUGUUGGGAACAGUGCAUUUCUCCAAACCCUUUAACCCAAAGCUCCUCUCCUGGCAGAGCUGUCAUUUCCCUCUGUCCCCGGGGCGGGAGGUGACCUCCGUGCCUUUCUGUCCCGUGUGGCAGUGACUCUUGAUGGAAGAACACGGAGUGACGCAGGCAGAGCACAUGGCGACCAUCGAGGCGCACGCCGUGGCCCAGCAGGUGCAGCAGGUGCACGUGGCCACCUACACGGAGCACAGCAUGCUGAGCGCCGACGAGGACUCGCCCUCCUCGCCCGAGGACACCUCCUACGACGACUCCGACAUCCUCAACUCCACGGCCGCCGACGAGGUCACCGCGCACCUGGCGGCCGCAGGCCCUGUGGGGAUGGCAGCAGCCGCUGCAGUGGCGACGGGGAAGAAAAGGAAGCGACCCCACGUUUUUGAGUCCAACCCCUCCAUUCGGAAGAGGCAGCAGACACGUUUGCUCAGGAAGCUCCGGGCCACACUGGAUGAGUACACCACCAGAGUGGGGCAGCAGGCCAUCGUGCUGUGCAUCUCACCCUCCAAACCCAACCCUGUCUUCAAAGUCUUCGGUGCUGCACCCUUGGAGAACGUGGUGCGCAAGUACAAGAGCACCAUCCUGGAGGACCUGGAGUCGGCGCUGGCCGAGCACGCGCCGGCGCCGCAGGAGGUGAACUCGGAGCUGCCGCCGCUCACCAUCGACGGCAUCCCGGUGUCGGUGGACAAGAUGACCCAGGCACAGCUGAGAGCCUUCAUCCCCGAGAUGCUCAAGUACUCCACGGGUCGUGGCAAGCCGGGCUGGGGCAAGGAGAGCUGCAAGCCCAUCUGGUGGCCCGAGGACAUCCCCUGGGCCAACGUCCGCAGCGACGUGCGCACGGAGGAGCAGAAGCAGCGGGUGUCCUGGACCCAGGCCCUGCGCACCAUCGUGAAGAACUGCUACAAGCAGCACGGGCGCGAGGACCUGCUGUACGCCUUCGAGGACCAGCAGACCCCGCAGACCACGACCACGCACAGCAUCGCCCACCUGGUGCCCUCCCAGACCGUGGUACAAACCUUCAGCAACCCCGACGGCACCGUGUCCCUCAUCCAGGUCGGCACGGGCGCCACGGUGGCCACGCUGGCCGACGCCUCCGAGCUGCCCACCACGGUCACCGUCGCGCAAGUCAACUACUCCGCGGUGGCAGACGGGGAGGUGGAGCAGAACUGGGCGACGCUACAGGGCGGGGAGAUGACCAUCCAGACGACGCAGGCCUCCGAGGCCACGCAGGCGGUGGCCUCCCUGGCCGAGGCGGCGGUGGCGGCGUCGCAGGAGAUGCAGCAGGGAGCCACUGUCACCAUGGCGCUCAACAGUGAGGCCGCUGCCCACGCCGUGGCCACGCUGGCCGAGGCCACCCUCCAAGGAGGGGGACAGAUCGUCCUGUCCGGGGAAACCGCAGCGGCCGUCGGGGCGCUCACCGGGGUCCAGGACGCCAACGGCAUCCUAGCAGCAGACUAUUGCAAGUGGAGCAUGCCAGAGGGUUCAUCAGGGCUGGUGCAGAUCCCCGUCAGCAUGUACCAGACCGUGGUGACCAGCCUGGCGCAGGGCAACGGCCCGGUGCAGGUGGCGAUGGCGCCGGUGACCACGCGGAUCGCCGACACGGCCGUCACCAUGGACGGGCAGGCGGUGGAGGUGGUGACCCUGGACCAGUGACCCCGCGGCGGCGGCACCGCGGCGCCUCUCAUCCUCCUCCUCUUCUUCGUUUCUUUAUUUUUUGGGGUUUUUUUUUUUUACGCCUCUCCAGAGAUGCAAAUCAGGUGGCAUUCGAGUCUCUCUCGGAUUUGGAAAAGGUUUUGUUGACUUUUUUUUUUUUUUUUUUGGGUAAAACGAGAAAAAUUGGAAAAAAAAGAGAAAAAAAGAACAAAUCCUGGCGGAGGAUUGUGUGUAAAGUGCGUUUUUCUAGAGCCACUCUGCUCUCAGAGGAGGGAGAAGCCAAAUUGCAAGGGGACUUUGAUUCCGAGGAGGUGGAAAAGAAAAUGAAAAUAAAGCGACCCUUUAUGCCCCGUUUUCCCCCCGUGUGGGAUCGAGCAGGAGGAGGCUGGGGGGACAGCACGGACACCCUCGGCCAGCACCGACCUCGACAGCAAAUUAGGUAACAAAGAUUUUAAUAUGGACUUUUAUAUUCAAAAAAAAAAAAACCCGCCCUGGAAAAAAAAAAAA